GGAAACCCAGUUCUUAAGGUGAUUGGGUUUUAUAACUAACUGGUAAACUGGUAGGAGAGAAAACAUUUGAUUUUAUUUGAAUUUUCCCGAAUUGAUAUACGCAUCAGACCAGAUUGCCUUCUUCCUCAUGUUCCUUAUUUACCCUAACUUGCGCCUCCUCUUAAACCCUCCUCUCUUUCUUUUCUCCAAACCCAACUCAACACCUCUUUCUCUCUUUACCGUCUUUGCUUCUUCAUCUCAUAAACGACACCGUAGCGUUUCCUAUCGGGACUCCCCUUUUGGUCUUCACCGGAGGAGGAGAAAUUUCACUACUUUCAAGGAGAGGGACAAACGGACUUCAAUGGAGGAAAAUGAAUCUUCUUCUUCUUCUUCUUCUUCUUCUUUUGGGUUUAAUAAGAGAAGGGCUGAGGGGUUGGAUAAGAAUGAUAGGCCUAAGAAGAAUCUUCAGUUGAAAGUACGCAAGCUUAAUCCUACUAAUACAAUUGCUUAUGUUCAGAUUUUGGGGACUGGAAUGGAUACUCAGGACACAUCACCUUCAGUCUUGCUUUUCUUUGACAAGCAAAGAUUUAUAUUUAAUGCAGGAGAGGGAUUGCAACGAUUCUGCACAGAGCAUAAGAUUAAAUUAUCAAAGGUAGAUCACAUAUUUCUUUCUCGUGUCUGCUCAGAGACAGCGGGUGGGCUUCCAGGUCUGCUGUUGACUUUGGCUGGCAUCGGAGAAGAGGGAAUGACUGUUAAUGUUUGGGGUCCUUCAGAUCUCAAGUACCUAGUUGAUGCAAUGAGAUCUUUCAUCCCGCGUGCUGCCAUGGUUCACACUCGGAGCUUUGGGCCUGAAUCAUGUUCUGAUACUAACAUUCUGCCUGACCCAAGUAAGUUUGUUGAUCCUAUUGUUCUUGUUGAUGAUGAAGUUGUGAAAGUAUCAGCCAUCCUCUUGCGCUCAAGUUGUUCGGUAGGCUCUGCGGUAAAGCCUGGUGAGAUGUCAGUGCUAUAUGUUUGUGAAUUGCCUGAAAUUAUGGGGAAAUUUGAUCCCAAAAAAGCUGUGGCUCUUGGACUAAAAGCUGGUCCAAAAUAUGGUCAACUUCAAUCAGGGAAAUCAGUGAAGUCAGAUCGCUUAGAUAUCAUGGUUCACCCAAGUGACGUAAUGGGACCCUCUGUUCCUGGUCCUAUAGUUUUCCUUGUUGACUGUCCUACAGAACAUCAUGCCCAGGAAUUAUUGUCCACAGAAUCUCUUAGUAUUUAUUAUGCAGAUUUUUUGGGGAAGUCAGAAGGAACUACAAAGACCGUAAAUUGUAUUAUCCACUUAACCCCUGCUUCAGUCAUACACACUCAAAGUUACCAAGAAUGGAUGAAGAGAUUUGGUUCAGCCCAACAUAUUAUUGCUGGACAUGAAAUGCAGAAUGUGGAGGUCCCAAUUUUAAAAGCUAGUGCAAGAAUUGCGGCAAGACUUAACUACUUGUGUCCACAGUUCUUUCCUGCUCCAGGUUUUUGGUCUCUUCAUCACAGUAAUAACUCAGCAGUAGAACCUAUCACCUCAAUCAAGAGUCCUGAUUCAAAGCUCUGUGAAAGCGUUUCGGCCGAAAAUCUUCUGAAGUUCACCUUGCGGCCACAUGCUCACCUUGGACUAGACAGGUCUUCUAUUCCUACUCCAUCAACUUCUUCAGAAGUAAUUGAUGACCUACUUUCAGAAAUUCCAGAGAUUGUAGAUGCUGCCCAACAUGUCAGGCAGGUGUCUCUUGGGCAAGAUGGCAAAAAUAUGAUUGAAGAGCCGUGGUUGAGUGAGAAUAGUGCUCCUAAUUGUCUGGAAAAUAUAAGUAGAGAUGAUCUUGAGAUUGUUCUUCUGGGUACUGGUUCAUCUCAGCCUUCAAAAUACCGGAAUGUUAGUUCUAUUUAUCUCAAUCUUUUCUCAAAGGGAAGUUUGCUGUUAGAUUGUGGGGAAGGAACCCUUGGACAGCUGAAAAGAAGAUACGGUGUAGAAGGUGCUGACAAUGCAGUAAAAAAUCUAAGGUGCAUCUGGAUAUCUCACAUUCAUGCUGAUCACCACACAGGUUUGGCCAGAAUACUUGCUCUUCGACGUGAUCUUUUACAGGGAGUGCCUCAUGAGCCAUUGCUUGUUGUGGGACCAAGGCAGCUUAAGAGAUUUUUAGAUGCGUAUCAAAGACUUGAAGAUCUAGAUAUGUUGUUUCUUGAUUGUAAGUACACUACAGAAGUGUCUUGGAAUUCCUUUGAGAGUGAUCUUGAAUCAAAGAAAAGUUACUCAUCCCCAGGAAGUGUGAUUGAUUUUGAGGAUACAAACAAUAAGAAUGCAAAGAAUACUCAAGGAAGUUUAUUUGCUAGAGGAAGCCCAAUGCAAAGUAUUUGGAAGAAGCCAGGCAGUCCAACUGACAAUAAUGCAGCUUUUCCAUUCCUUAAGACCUUGAGGAGGGUGCUUAAUGAAGCAGGGUUGGAGUCUUUGAUUAGUUUUCCUGUUGUGCAUUGUCCUCAGGCAUAUGGUAUUGUCUUGAAAGCAGCAGAAAGAAUUAAUAGCGUAGGGAAAGUGAUACCAGGGUGGAAGGUUGCAUACUCAGGUGACACUAGGCCCUGCCCUGAACUUGUAGAAGCAUCUUGUGGAGCGACAAUUCUCAUUCACGAGGCAACUUUUGAGGAUAGCAUGGUAGAGGAGGCUGUGACAAAGAACCACAGUACAACUAAGGAAGCCGUGGAAGUGGGAUCUUCUGCUGGUGCAUAUCGCAUCAUCCUCACCCAUUUCAGCCAAAGAUACCCCAAAAUUCCUGUAGUAGAUGAGACAUAUAUGCAUAAAACAUGCAUUGCUUUUGACAUGAUGAGUAUUAACAUAGCUGAUUUAUCUGUGCUUCCUAAAGUUGUUCCGUAUCUUAAAUUGCUUUUCAGAAACGAGAUGGCCCUUGAUGAAUCAGAUGAUGUUUAUAGGUGCUACAACUGCAGUUUUAUAAUAAAUAUUUAUUAAUUU